AUGAAGGUAGUCAUCACUGGUGCCACGGGAUACAUAGGUCGCGAAGUCCUGUCUCAAGCCCUAGGCUGUUCCUGGAUCACCAGCGUCGUCGCGAUAUCCCGUCGAGAUCCAGGCGUCAGUCAUGCCAAAUUGACCACCAUCCUUCCCGAUGACUUCUUGCACUACCCACCAGCAGUGCUGUCGCAAAUACAGGACGCGAAUGCCUGCAUCUACUGCCUAGGCACCAACAUCCCCAUCAAACCAGCAGAGUUGAACCGAAAAGUCAACUACGAAUAUGCGCUGGCAACAGCCAACCUGUUUGCCGGGUUCGAACACGCAACGCCGUUUCACUUUGUCUAUCUCAGCGGCGCCCUGCCCGAGAAGAACCCGGAUAGACAACUCUGGUUUCUCUCGGACAACCGAAAGAUGAGAGGAGAUUUGGAAAACGCCCUGAUACGACUCGACGUCGAGUCAAGAGAUCGUGGCUUCAGGGUGUUCAUCGCAAGACCGGGAUUCGUGCAGCCCAAGGGAGCGGUUUUUCGGACUUGGUUGAUAGGAUGUAUCGCAAACGCAAUCAUGUUGCCAGAUCUUGGGGCUGCAAUGGUUCGGCUAGCGAGGGAUGGGGAUGAGGAUGUUCUUGUGGAGAAUGACCGGCUGAAGAUACUUGCGAGGACGCCUCUCUAG